AAUUUAAAAUGAAAAAUUUUAAAUGUCUACCACAGCAAGUAUUAGUGAUGAUGAGUUAUAAAUUGACAUUCAGCACAGUUUUUUCCAUAUAUCAUGUCCCUUUGUUUUUCUCUAAAUUAGAAAAGUCAGUCUUAAGACAUUACCAACAGAACUCAUAAACCUCAUAGAUUUAUAGUUAAAUCUUGAGGGCAGUUACACUUAAGUUGGUCUGAAGUUUUUUCUCAAAAUCAAUCUCCUAUUUUAUGCAGUGUUUUUGCCCUGUUGCAACUGAUUUUUCUUUUUCCACAGCUGCUCUGCAUAACAUAUUUCACCAAAUUCUUAACAUUUUUCUCCCACCUUCCCUGCUUAUAGUUUGUGCUCUCUACAGUAUCGGUAUUCCUUUGAAAUCUACUCUGCAUCUUUUCUCGUGGGGAUUUGAUUUGCCACCUUUCAGGACCUCAGUGCCAGUGAGUGUGCUUCCCAACUGUGUCAUGCUCCUCGAGGCAGGUAAGUUACAGCUGAGUCCAGAUGUAGGUGGGAAAUCAGAUCAUGAAGCCACAUAGGAGAACUGCCCUAACAGCUUCUGAUUGUCCUUGAACUCAGUGGAAAGAAGCUAAGGAUGUGAAAUUGACUUUCCAGGAUCAGCAUCUAUUAUAAAAAUGGAUAAAAGUGUGCACUGAAUUGAUUCUUAUUUUCUGUUCCUUCUUUAGGAGUUACUGGACAAAGUAUGGCUCCUCGAUCCCGGAGACGAAGGCACAAGAAACCUUCUUCAUCAGUGGCUCCCACAAUUGUCACCCCACCCACAGUUGGGACCCCUGCACCUGUAACUCUCCCAAAACCUGGUCCUAGCAUUGAUGCCCUGGGAUUCUUCUCCUUGGAAAACAAUGUCCCUGGCCUAUCGCAGCUGAUCCUUCAAAAGCUGAACAUGAAAAGCUAUGAAGAAUACAAGUUGGUCAUAGAUGGAGAGACUCCAGGAUCAGGCUUUGGGUUCCGAAGUCCUCAGGAAAUGUUCCAGAGGAUGGAGGACACAUUUCGCUUCUGCGCUCACUGUAGAGCACUCCCCAGCAGCCUUCCAGAUUCCAAGGUUCUCCGGCACUGUAAGAGGUGCAGAAAUGUGUACUACUGUGAUCCAGAAUGCCAGAGGUCAGACUGGCCAGCACACAGGAAAGUUUGUCGAGAGCUUCGUCUUGUGGCCGUGGACCGUCUCAUGGAAUGGCUUCUGGUCACAGGUGACUUUGUCCUACCCUCAGGACCUUGGCCAUGGCCAGCUGAAGUUGUACAGGACUGGGAUACCUGGUUUUCUAUGAGGGGUUCACAGUUAGAUACUAUACUGAAUGCUGUGCUAGGUAGUCAUGCCAUGAACACCCUGUGGGCCAGUGCGGGACGCCCAAAGCCAGACCCGGAUGUCUUACAGGGCUCAUUGAAGCGACUUAUGACCGAUGCCCUGUCCCGGCCCCUGACGCUGGGCCUAGGGCUCAGAACCAUGAGGAUAGACACUGGGAAGCCUGGAGGAGGCACAGUUCAUGUGGUUGGUGCUUCUCAUGUGGAGACAUUUCUCACUAACCCUGGAGACUAUGACGAGCUUGGCUACAUGUUUCCUGGUCACCUUGGCCUUCAUGUGAUCAUGGUGGGUGUAGAUGUGGCUACUGGUUCUUUAAAGAGCACUCCGGCUUCAACUUUGAAACCUGGCAGAGUUCAGCUUAGUGGCCACAGGGGCCUCUAUCAUGACUUCUGGGAGGACCAGGUAGAGACUGGGAAGAUAUCCUACCCAGAUUUAGUAGUCGCAUUCCAUCCAGGUUUCCAUGCCUCUGUGGAUCUGAUGGAGGCCUGGUUGCCCACCCUGCUGUUGCUUCGUGAUUAUGAGAUCCCUACGUUGAUUACUCUUUACAGCCACCAGGAGUUGGCAGCUUCUUUGCAGAUUCUGGCGGACCUGGGUGUGCACAUCAUUGCCUGUGGAGCCAAUCCUUUCACGUCCCUCAAACCCGAACAGGUGUAUUCCAACCCCAACAAGCAGCCAGUCUACUGCUCUGCCUACUAUGUUACAUUUCUUGGCAGUACCUGCCAGCUGGAGAAGAAAUCAUUGGAAGAGGCAGUGGAUAGUGUGGGUUUAAAUAGCUAAGCCAGAUCCCAACUAGACUUGAGGGAGUGCAAGAAUGAGCUAGUCAAGGAGUUGUAGAAAGCAGAAAAAAAGUUGUCAGGACAACAGGUUUUCUUUUUUUUCUGGCUUUUUAAAGAAAAAUACCUCAUUUUUCUGUUUUGGUUCAGAGAAAUCUGAGCUAGAGCAGCUCUGAUAUUCAAGAUGUUCCUGAGUACAUCAGACUUACCUGAACAGAUUACGGUUGUUAUCUCCUUUUCUACAAUAAUAAACUCAGU